AUGGCAUCUGCAGCAGCACGUUAUCCAUUAAAACCAAAAACUUUAACAUUACUUGAAUUAUGUCAAUCAUAUCAUGAUUUUCGUCAUCCACCACCAUCAUCAUCAUCAUAUCAUUCUCAAUCAUCAUCAAAUUCUUCACAUGUUCUUACUCGUCGUAUUUAUCUUCAUCCAUUAACAUUAAAUUCACAUUCAAAACAUCAAUCAUUAAAAAGUUCUUCUACUAAUUCUCUUACAACAUUUGAUCAUGAACAGCGUUUUCAUCCAAUAAAUUCUGAUAAAAAUCGUGAAAUACAUCAUGUUAAAAAUCAAUCAUCAUUUCAUGGUCUUGCUGUUCUUUCAUCAUCAGCUCCAAUAGCAACACGUAUCAAUACUAAAUCUGAUACUCGACAUAUUCGUGAUAAACAAUUUAUAAAUAUUGAUGAUGAUACAAAUAGUGAUUAUGAUGUUAGUACACUUACUCUUACUUCAAGUCAAUCUAAUUUUCAAUCACAUACUCGUGGUACAUCAUCUAGUACACAUAAAAUAUGUACACGUCCAUCAUGUGUAAUGAAUAAUCAUAAAGCUUAUUUAAAAUCAAAUCGUUGGAAUAAAGUUGAUGUAUGGUAUCAUUUAGAUCGAACAUUACAACGACCAAUGCCAAAUGAUCCACCAACAACACCACUUAAUAUUGUUGUAGAUUCUAAUAAAGAAAAUGAUGAAACACAACAACAAUAUUCAAAUUAUAAUUCUAUUCAAGAAAUUAAAAUCUAUAAACGAAAUCCAAUACAAAAAUCAAUUAUAGAUCAAAAUGAUGAUAAUGAUAAUAAUGAUGACUAUUAUAUUUAUCAUGACAAUUAA